UGGGGCCGUUUUCAGGAGCAGUGCUUUGGGUUUGACUUGCAAAGGGUCCCUGGGGUCAGACUAAUUUGCAUAUCUGAAGAAAAUCUGUGAAGAUCAAGUUCAGGGAAAGAACUGUUUGGGACCUCUCCUGGAGAAGGGGCUUAUGAAGUUGACAGUUUAUUGAGGUCAGAAGCUUAAAAUCACCAAGUGAGAGUUUUCUGCCGAUGAAGAUGAAGGUCUGGAAGGAGGGAGCAUUUCCACACUGUGAAGUGGGGUGAGAUAUGUGAAAGCCUUGGCCAUGUCUCAUCCCUAAUUCCGGGCCCCUGAAGGACAACUGCCUCUCCUUCCUGGUGCAGUUGUGCCUGGCCUCGUCUGGGCACCCCUUCCUGCUCUGAGGUCAGCAGAUCGCUCCAUUGGACACUGAGUCUGGAAUUCCCUGCAUACCCUUAGGACCCUGUGCAGGACGAGGAAGCACGGACAGCCCAUUUAAUGAGGAAUAAGAUAGUGCCCUGUCUAAAAAUCAGGAGCAAAUCUGGCUGAAAAAAUAUCCAAUGAUCAGGGCUCAGGGAUAGAGUUGUCCCUUAGAGAGAAGCUGUGGCUAGAACUGAUCAGUCGGGCUCUGCAGGGCCCGUUACCCAGGGCUUCUGCCGUCACUCAGUUCUGAGGGGGCGGGGCCUUGCACCUUGCCCAAUCAGAAGCGCUGGGGCGGGGCCCGGCCAACUGUCCAUCCGGAAGGAGGAGGCCCAUUCUGCCUCUACUUUUGAUGCUAUGCGGAUUGUUGUCGGGAUACUAGAUUUCCUACUCCGAGAGGCCCGGGUCCCUUCGCCACUUCUGUCGCUCUGCGGCCUGCACUGUGACCUGCACUAUUCACGGGAGCCCUAGAGAGGACCCCGGGACACCCGGAGCCGGGAAAUGGAUUCUGUGGCCUUUGAGGAUGUGGCUGUGAGCUUCACCCAGGAAGAGUGGGCUUUGCUGGAUCCUUCCCAGAAGAAUCUCUACAGGGAUGUGAUGCAGGAAACCUUCAGGAACCUGGCUUCUGUAGGAAAAACAUGGAAAGUUCAGAACAUGGAAGAUAAGUAUAAAAAUCCCAGGAGAAAUCUAAGUCUUAUGAGAGAGAAACUCUUUGAAAGCAAAGAAAGUCAUCACUGUGGAGAAAGCUUCAACCAGAUUGCAGAUGACAUGCUGAACAAGAAAACUCUUCCUGAAGUAACACCGUGUGAAAGCAGUGUGUGUGGAGAAGUUAGCAUGGGUCACUCAUCUCUUAAUAGGCACAUCAGAGCUGACACUGGACAGAAGUCUUCUGAGUAUCAGGAAUAUGGAGAGAAUCCAUAUAGAAAUAAGGAAUGUAAGAAAGCCUUCAGUUAUCUUGACUCCUUUCAGUCACAUGAUGAAGCUUGCACUAAAGAGAAACCCUAUGAUGGUAAAGAAUGUGCAGAAACCUUCAUUUCCCAUUCAUGCAUUCAAAGACACAGGGUGAUGCACCAUGGAGAUGGACCUUAUAAAUGUAAGUUUUGUGGGAACGCUUUCUUUUUUCUCAAUUUGUGUCUUAUCCAUGAACGAAUUCACACUGCUGUGAAACCAUAUGAGUGUAAACAAUGUGGUAAGACCUUGACUCGUUCCACUACCCUUCCAAUACAUGAAAGAACUCACACAGGAGUGAAAGCCGAUGCAUGUAAGGAAUGUGGGAAUGCAUUCAGUUUUCCUAGUGAAAUUCAUAGACAUAAAAGGUCUCACGCUGGAGAAAAACCCUAUGAGUGUAAGCAAUGUGGGAAAGUCUUCAUUUCUUUCAGUUCCAUUCAGUAUCAUAAGAUGACUCACACUGGAGAGAAACCCUAUGAAUGUAAGCAAUGUGGGAAAGCCUUUAGAUGUGGCUCACACCUUCAAAAGCAUGGAAGGACUCACACUGGAGAGAAACCCUAUGAAUGUAGGCAAUGUGGUAAAGCCUUCAGAUGUACCUCAGACCUUCAAAGGCAUGAAAAGACACACACUGACGAUAAACCCUAUGGAUGUAAGCAGUGUGGUAAAGGCUUUAGAUGUGCUUCACAACUCCAAAUUCAUGAAAGGACACACAGUGGAGAGAAGCCCCAUGAAUGUAAGGAAUGUGGAAAAGUAUUCAAGUAUUUUUCUUCUUUGCGUAUACAUGAAAGGACGCACACUGGAGAGAAGCCCCAUGAAUGUAAGCAAUGCGGAAAAGCAUUCAGGUAUUUCUCUUCCUUGAAUAUACAUGAAAGGACACACACUGGAGAUAAGCCAUAUGAGUGUAAGGUCUGUGGCAAAGCCUUCACUUGUUCCAGUUCCAUUCGAUAUCAUGAAAGGACUCACACUGGGGAGAAACCCUAUCAAUGUAAGCACUGUGGUAAGGCCUUUAUUUCCAAUUACAUUCGAUAUCAUGAAAGGACUCACACUGGAGAGAAACCCUAUCAAUGCAAGCACUGUGGCAAAGCCUUUAUUCGUGCCAGUUCAUGUCGAGAACAUGAAAGAACUCAUACCAUUAAUAUAUGAGAAAUCCUGUUAGUGGAAGAAAUAGGAGAAGCUUUCUGUUGUCCCACUUCCUUUGAAACACGAGAAAAGAGAGUGGUGAAAGAACCUCUGGAUAACUGCCUUUUGAAUUGAGAAGAGAGACCUGCAAAAGGACAAUAAAAUCUAGAAGGACUUGGAUGGUUCCGUAAUACAAUUCACCUAUAGCCAAUCUUGCAUGAGAUUUCAAAGGCACAGAAAAGGAAGGCAUCAGUCACAUAUUAGAGGCAGCACACAGGAAAAGAGGUGUGUGGCUACCUGCUUCCAGCCCAUUUUCCUGAUUCUUUCACUUGUUAAUCGAGAGUAUCCCCCAAAUCACUUGUCUCUGUUCCCCAGAGCUGUAGGUCUCCAGAGAUGUCCCCAGGUGCUGCACAUUAAAGAUACAUGCCCACUUUGCUAUUUCUUCAGAAAUGUUAAAAUGUUUACCAGAGAACUAAUAAAUGUUGUUAUGGCUGAAAAUACUCCCUGAUGCCCAACUCCUCUAUAGAUUGAGUUGGUUUAAGAGGUCUAUGUAUUGCAAGCAUUGUUGUUUCUACGGAUAGUGACCCUGUUCUUGAUUAAACCAACUAGAUGGGAGUUUGUUCCUCUGCUGCAUUGUGCCGUGAUUGGUCUCACCAAAGGCUUUUAUGUGAGAAGAGCCACCUUGCUCUUAUCAGGAAACUUCAAGCCUUUGCUGUUAUUCACAACUGAAUGUAAUGUCUCCCUUCAUUUUUAACUUUUUAUGAGUAUACCUGACUAAAAACACUAAUGUGGUUUCCUGGCAACAAAGACUUUUGUUCAUGUAUUUUAGAAAUAAGCUUAUUAACUGUUUAUAACAACUGCAUACUAACAAUUAUUAUUUUUUAAUUAAGAAGCUAUAUUACAACAUCCCAUUAGCAUCAUGUAUUAGAUCAAGUUGAUAGUGUUACCAUGUUAUCCCGUGGACACUGUGAGUCAGUGUUGCCAUGUGGAUGUCAGGCAUAUUUUUCCUCAUGUAGAUUUUACUUUUCAUGCUUAUAUUCUUAGUUUUUAUCUGGAUCAUAACUUUUUAUUUAUUCUAAACACCAAAGGUCAUCUCAUGUUCUUAUGAGUGACUUCUGACCAAAAACCACCAGUGGCAUAACUGUUGUCAAAGAGGGUGUAACAUACUGUAGUAAUGAAUAUGACCAAAAGCCAUAGAUGACUGUGAGAUGUAUGAGAAUUACAAGGUAGUCACAUUCGUGAGAAGAG